CACUUGUGCUCGUUACGAGGUGAUUCUGUGGGUUUCCAUUGUCGAAUCAGAAAGGCAGUUCGGCAGUGGAUAGUUUUCGGCUUUUCUCGCUUGCUCCACUCCCGAACCAACGUCAAUCCGGGCCUCGUCGCGACCUGUCACCCCCCGACUAUCGAUCUCCCUAUCCGGCUGAUUCCCAUUUCGCUUCGCAUCCUCGCAUGCUGUAGCCGAAGGACCCCGAUGAUGUGAGGCACAAUGGCCGAUGUUACGCAGGGGACCUCGCGUGGCGUUCGGAAACCUCGCAAAUCCCGCGGCCGUGGAUUGCGGGCCACUACUGGCUGCCUGGUUUGCAAGCGCCGACAUGUCAAAUGUGAUGAGGCUCGCCCACAAUGCGGCCCUUGCGCCAAAGGCCAACGUGACUGUGUCUAUGGGAGCAGCUAUGAAUCCGGAACUCCUAAUAUAGGGGAUAGACAAACACCCAUUGCAUCGCACUCCUCUCCUCCAUCACAGUUGACUCCACAGGUGCAGCUACACGAGCCCCUGCGAGUUUUGGUAGAUGUCUGCGAGCAUGAAGACGCUUCCGCUCACCGAGCGUGGGCUACGGCAUCUCCAAGAGGGCAGCACAGCAGUGGCACGCCGCAGAUUGGUCUACAUCAACACAGCCAUGUCUCUCCUUCAGCCUCGAUUCACGACUUCACACCCUCUCCAGCUACAGAUUCGACGGUAUCGACCAGGCUUGCGCCCUUGAGUUGGUUCGAGCUUCUGGCCAAUGAUGCCGUGAACGCGGACCGAAACUUUUUCCUAUCAUCACCGCAUCGAGAUGUCAACCCCGCUUGCCAGGGAUCAACAACCCAUCUGUCGAUCGCAAACCUUCAACCUCACAAUGCUAGGGAGUGUCAAAGCUUCCAAGCAGCUUCUUUUGAUCGUGAUCCAGGUAUCGAGAACAGGAUUUCGCCUGCAGCCGAAGGCCACCCAAAGCUUCCCGAUGACCCGUCUUCUUGGAGUACUUCCGCGCCCAUUCAGUUAUCCCAACAAGAACACCUCAUGUUCAAACACUUUGUCCGGAAUAUGUCUAGUUGGUAUGAUUUCUUCGACCCGACGCUACAAAUUUCAAGCAAGGUCCCACAUUUGGCCAUGAGAAAUAUAGGUGUAAUGAAGGCCCUUCUGGCUCUCUCGGCACGCCAUCUUUCCAUCUGGCAUACCUACAAAGGUUCGGGGGUUACUCCAUACCGCGAAGAUGGAAGAAGAAUGAUGGAUUUUCCAGAUGUCGAUCGCAAUAUUGCAGUCCAGUAUUACUACGAGACUCUACAGUAUCUCAAUAAGGCUAUGCAGUAUCCCAGCUACGCAUACAGCCACGAGAUCAUUAGCACGUCGCUUCUGAUCAGCACAUACGAAAUGGUGGAUGGAUCUAAUCGAGACUGGGAGCGGCAUCUGAAAGGGGUAUUCUGGAUUCAAAGAUACCAAAACAACGAUGGAGAAUGUGGGGGUUUGCGUCAAGCCAUCUGGUGGGCAUGGUUACGGCAGGACGCCUGGGUAGCCAUGCGGGAGCGUCGUCGAAUCUUCAGCUUCUGGAAGCCUAAGCGACACAUCUCCUCGCUGUCUCCCCCAGAGCUGGCCAGUUUCGUUUCAUACAUCCUUGGACAAUGCGUCAACUAUGCCUCACGCGAAGAGGCAGCAUCUAAAGAUAUACAGAGUCGCUUGGAGAGGGGGAAUGAGCUGCUCUAUAUGUUGCAGGAAUGGCAGGAUUAUCUGCCACCGGAGUUCAAUCCACUCCCGUGUGAGCAGGACGCGACCUUCUUUCCGCCUAUUUGGGUCCAUCCGCCUCCAUACGCAGCGGCAUUGCAAAUACACAGCUUAGCCAGAAUUCUGGUGUUAUCACAUCGUCCGACGGUGAACGGUUUCCAAGACUACCGGGCGGCCCAAAAGCUGCUUACUACGUCAGUGAACACAAUUUGUGGCAUUGCUCGAACUAUACGCGAGGAUAACCUUGCCGCCAGCCUCAUGUCUCUGUAUUGCAUAUAUGGGGCUGGCAUGAGCGUCCAUACCCCUCAUGAGCGGGCAGCGUUGCUCGAAUUAAUCGACGUCUUCGAGAAUAGAGUCUGUUGGCCUAGAUACUCAUUACGCAACGACCUCGAAGCAGAAUACCGCAAGGAUGGGCUUUCUGGUGUCACGGCAUAGAAUUGGGUAUUACAACAGAUGUCCUCGGGUUCUGCUAGUACUUCAUGGGAAAACUGGCAUCAUCCUAUGGACACAGCUUAGGUGCCACAGCGAUUGGGUGAAGCGUUACGCACGGCUGUCAGCUUUGUUAUUUCCUUGCAUUCACACCCACGCGACCGUCAGCCGUGCGAUCACGGCGAGAUCACCACGACAAUUCCAGGCAUAAAGAUAUGCCUCGAAACGUCUGUCAAAACCUUAUAAUUGAGUAUAUGUUCAUAAUCA